AUGGAAACAAAUUACAUUAUAAAAGACAAACGAAAACAAAUAGUAAUUAAAAUGUUUUUGAAACAAAAGUCAUCAAUUAUUAUUAAUGUAACAAAAAUUUUUCAAAUUGUUUUUAUUAAUGAUGAUGAUGAUGAUGUGGGUAUGGCUGUUGAUGUCCGUGUGGAAAAUGUGGCGGUCCAGGAUGAUGAUGAUGAUGUGGCGGUGGUGGCGGCGGAUAAAAAUGUGGUUGUGGAUGAUGGUGGUGAUGUUGUUGGGGAUGAUGAUGGGGAUGAUGAUGAUGAUGUUGAUCGUAAGGCGCUUGUCCCAUGUUUUUGA